AUGGCACGAGCACAAAGGUCUGCCACCGCGCGGGGCCGGAAGUCCAUCACCUCCUUCUUAAAGGGUUCUGCAAAGUCUGAACCUGAUGCAGAUGCAGCCAGCAGCGACUUCGAGGCUUUUGAGAUCGACGAAGAAGUCGAGAAACCCACCGCUAGAACAAGCAAGAGCUCAGCGCUAGCUCCAGAUGCGUCGGAUCUUCCUCCAAUUUAUAACAUACCAGCCAUCUUCUCUGAUCUGGUCGUACGCGCUCCCCAGAUCAAGGCAGUGGCACAGCACCUGCAAGGCCGCAGGAUGCGCGUCGCCACAAUGUGUUCCGGCACAGAGUCUCCCCUCCUCGCGCUCGACCUCAUUCGUCGAUCCAUACUCGAGCACUAUCACCUGAAGCUCGAGUUCGAACAUGUCUUCUCGUGUGAGAUCGAGCCUUUCAAGCAGGCGUACAUUGAGCGGAACUUCCAACCGCCCCUGCUGUUCCGUGAUGUCUGUGAGCUUGGGGACACACAUGCUACGACAGCGUACGGGUCCCUAGCGCCCGUCCCCGGAGACGUCGACAUCCUCAUCGCGGGUACCUCCUGCGUCGACUACUCCAACCUCAACAACGAAAAGCAAGACAUCGACGCGAAUGGCGAGUCUGGAAGGACAUUUCGCGGGAUGAUGUCCUGGGUGAAGAAUCACCGACCACCCUUGGUCAUUCUGGAGAACGUGUGCUCGGCACCUUGGGAGCGCGUGGUCGAAUACUUCGAGAAGAACAAAUACAGUUCCCAGUUCUUACGAGUUGAUACAAAGGACUUUUACAUACCCCAUACCCGUACCCGUGUAUACCUCCUAGCUGUCGACCAGCGAAACUCGGAUCUUCCAGAUGAGUGGGCAAAGCUUCUCAACAAGCUCAAGCGACCCGCAUCGUCCACUCUCGAUGCCUUCCUGCUCCCCUCCGACGACCCCCGUAUCCAUCAGGCACGCGAGAAGCUCGUUUCCGAAAGCUACAACGCAGUCGACCGACGAAGAGGCCGGACAGACUGGGGCCGGUGCGAGUCCCGUCACCAACGCGCGAGACUGGAGGAGGAGCUCGGCUCGAAGCGCCCGCUAACGAGCUGGGACGAAGGAGGUUUCUGUAAGCUGCCAGACUUUGCGUGGAACGACUGGGGAGUCGGGCAGGUGGAGCGUGUCUGGGACUUGAUGGACAUUAGUCUCCUCCGGUCUGCAAAGAAAGGCGUCGAUCCGUCAUACAAGACGCAAGUAUGGAACCUCUCGCAGAACGUCGACCGGUCCAUCGGGUCAAACAAAGUCGGCAUUUGUACAUGCCUGACACCCUCCAUCAUUCCGUACAUCACGAAUCGCGGCGGACCCAUGGUCGGCAUCGAGGCGCUCUCUAUGCAGGGCUUGCCUGUGGAUGAGCUGCUCCUGACGCGCGAGACGGAGGACCAGCUCACUGACCUCGCGGGGAACGCGAUGUCCACGACCGUCGUCGGCGCGUGCAUCGUGGCCGCGCUCAUCGUAGGCAGGAAGCUGCUGAAGGAGGGCAACGACGCGAGCACGUACGAGUCCCGCAACGACACGUCGAUGGAUGUGGAUGUUGACAGGAAGGACGUGGACGACUCGAUGAACGUCGACCAGGCGCCCGAUGACAUCCCUGUUCCCGUUGAGGACCGUGUCUCCGGGGAGGACCAACUUGUAGACCAGCCGUUGGACCUAGCGUCAACCUCCGUGGUCCCUUUCGCGACGCUCCUCGACAAGGCGGUGAAGAGCGCGCGUCUGUGUGAGUGUGAGGGCCGGAAGGACAUUACUGACCGCCAGGUGAAUCGCUGCAAGGACUGCGGCUCGUCGUCCUGCGUCAAGUGCGGUGGUCGGCCGGAGCACAACUUUGAACCCAUCGACGUCCAGGCACAUCCACGGAUGCCUCCAACGGCUUUUGCGAAGGAGCUCAAGUCGACGCUCCCCAUGUGUCUUAUCCUGUCCAACGUCUCCCAAGCAUUGCUCGACAGCCUCAAGGAGGCAUCUGGAGUCUCCAUCCCAAGCAAACGCUGGUCGAGCUGGUGCGAGGCCGUCCUCCGCAUCUCCCAGCACGAGCUGCGAUUCGUCGAGCCAAAGCGACAAGACAUCUGGGUGGCGACGUACCAGUCGCCGGUUGCGUAUCUGGAGCUCCUGCUCUACCCUCAGGAAGCCGAGUGGCGCCUCUUCGCGAAGCCGGAGGAGAACGAGCCAGCGAACUCGGAGCUCCGCAGGCUGCUGGAGGCACCUGUGGGCAGGAUGGCCUGCCGGGGCGGGCUGUUCGCGGGGCGGUGGGACUUUGCGCUGCCACACGCUACCUCUGUGCGUAUCACGAUCUCUGGCAGCGAGCCCGUGCCGUCUUGGGAGCAAAAGCUCGGAUUGCAGGGCGACGAGUUUAAGGACAAGAUGAUCAACUCGAGGCUUGAGAUCAGCGUUGCGCAGGAGGAUGUGGUACACUUUGAUAGGGAUAUCUCUGGUGCAUAUACGUUGUUGGAUAAGUGCGGCACCGCGAACUCUGCGUUGCAUAACAAGGAGUCUGACGAGCGCGACUCCCACCUUCCGCCGCUGUUCUUGUUGUUCGACCCGACGCGGUGCGGAGAUCCAACGGACGACUGCUUCGUGAUCUCCAUCAGCAACCGGCGUUACGAAUAUGGCGAGACACGGCCUCUCGUUUGCAAGUUUGACUCAAAGUGGAGGCAGUCCGAUACUGUGGAAGAGCAGAGCAUCGAGUGCCACUUUCUUCAGAAGUGGAUCGAGUCGCCUGAGACGCGUCUGACGGCCGUGGCCGGCCACGAAGCGCACUUCGCUGUGCCAGGAGACCACCUCACCGUCAGCACCUCAAACGACUCCUGCUCCAGCGCGAACGCCCUGCUUGUGUGCCGCGUCCCACUCCUUGGCCAGGCAGGCCCGGAGUGGCCUCGCGGUGCCUGGCAGGAGGUCGACAAGGUGCACGAGCACGUCACGUUCAAGGCCCUUGCGUGGCUCAUUGAGCGCAUCCGUAACGUCGGCGAUCAUUUCGGCCAGUGGCAGGACGCGGGGGUGGUACAUGACCACCGCGUCAACUGCGAUCGCUGCGCACCCACCGCGCCCGACCUGCGUUGGACCAGGAAGAAGCUCAGGAUCGUGGCGAUCGAGGACACGGUGCAGGCUGGAGAGUAUGAGCGCAGGCUGAAGCGCCGCCCUGCGCCGUUCGUCACGCAGCUCAAGCUCGAGGAAAGCGGCGUCGGUGUGGUCCGCAUCGGUGUGAACAUUACAUCGCUCAUGCACCGGGCCAUGUCUCGUCUUCCCUCUGCCGGUCGAACAGGAGAAAUCAAGACCUCGUGGUGCCUGACGACCGACUUCAUCCCAGCAGCGAAGAUCAAUUUCCCAAAGUUCAAGCUCUCAAGCAAUCGGCACGACGUACAACACGCGCAGCCUCCUAGCUUCAUCACUGACUUGCGCCCGGAGCAGCUGCGUUCGCUCACGUGGAUGUUGGCCCAGGAGGAGCCGGACGCGCCUCCGUUCAUCGAGGAGGAGAUCUCGGAGGCGAUUUUGGAGCCGCUUGGAUGGAGGGCGGAAGGCCGUGUGCAGAGGCCGGUUCGUGUCAGAGGGGGCGUGCUUGCGGAUGAGGUUGGGUACGGGAAGACUGCCAUCACGCUCGGUCUUAUCGACUGCACCUCGGAGAGCGUCAAUGAGGAGUUCAAGAAGAUGGAGAACAUGAGGGGUAAGAUCCCGGUCAAGGCGACGCUUGUGGUUGUUCCUCCUCAUCUGACAAGGCAAUGGGGCUCCGAGGUGGAGAAGUUCACAGGAAAGCGGUUCAAGGUCGUCAUACUCAUGACCGUUAUGAACCUGAACUCCUUGACCAUCGAGGAUGUCCAGGAAGCGGACAUUGUUGUCGUCGCCUCCAACUUGUUCCACAGCAGCGUCUAUCUGGCGAAUCUGGAGAGUUUCGCUGGCGGCGGUAGUCUCCCUGCUCAAGAUGGCAGAUACUUCAACGCGAGGUUGGAAACCGUGCUUGCGUCGCUCCGUGGACAGGUCGACCGGCUUAGAGAGGAGGGUGCGCAAGCCGUGAUGGAGAAGAUCGACGAGGGCAGGAAGCUAGACGAGGACGAAAGUAACCUCCUGCUCUCCACGAAGCGACUCAAGGGUAAGACCUACCGUCAGGCAGCCGAGGACGCAGAAGGUGCGGCGAAGCCGGAGUUCAAGCCGGAGCUCCCAGAAAUGAAGAGCUCGCGAAGAAGGAUGAUCAUGGAGGUCGUCAUCCCUCCUCUGCCCAAGCGCAGCAAGUCGCCUUCAGCGAUGAGCAUCGUAUCGUUUUCUGCGCCUGAGACGACAGAAGGAGAGGACGACUGGGAUGCGCCCACCAGGCCACGUCACCGUCGAAGCUGUCAGAGGCGCCCGAUAUUGAUUUCCGACGACGAAGAGGAGGACGCCCAGUCUGACGACGACUUUGUGCCUGACGAGGACGAGCCAAAGGUGAGACGCUCCGCGAGGAAGGCAGUCUACGUCAAGCGGUCUAGGAAGUCGCAGGAUUCGGAUUAUGAAGAGUUUUCGGCGGAGGAGACUCAGUCCGAGGACGAGAUGGCCGUCGACGACGUGGUCACAUCGGAUGACGACUACUCCAGCAGAUCGUCCAAGCCGCCAACAGCGAGGAACAUCGUGAAGGGUAGCAAGAAGUCUGCAGCCGCUUCGGACAGCGAUGCCAUGGACAUCGACGGGCCAUCCUCUUCAAAGCGCAAGGCGAAAAAGGCUGUCAAGAAGCGCAAAGCUCAGGAUGACGGCGAGAGGCCCACGAAGAAGAAGAAAGAAGUCAAAGACCCGUGGAAGCUGGGGUCGAUUGCAGUGAGUAAGGACUGGACGCGAAUGCAAGCGCCGCCGCUCGAAAUAUUCCACUUCUCCCGGAAGGUCGUCGACGAGUACACGUAUCUCGAUGGGAUCAUCCAUUCCAUGGUUACGAACAUCACGGCAGAGCGAUACUGGGUACUUUCUGGUACUCCCCCAAUCCACGACUUUGGCGCUCUCAAGACCAUCUCUGCCUUCCUCAACUUGCAUCUCGGCGUGGACGAUGAUGCUGAAGGGCAGUCGGUCCAGGUGAGGAAACGCCGCAGGGAACAGACCGCUGUGGAAAAGUUCCACUCCUUCCGCGAGGUCCAUAGUCUCGAGUGGCAUGCUCACCGCCAUCAGAUCGGCCAAUCCUUCUUGGAUCAGUUCGUUCGUCAAAAUAUUGCCGAGAUCGACGAGAUCCCAUCCAGCCAAGAGAUCAGGAAGGUGGACCUGCCUGCAGCUGAGCGUGCCAUCUACUUGGAACUGGAGCACCAUCUUCGUGCACUAGACAUGACCGUCAAGCGAGGCAGGAAGAGCGAAAGCGACCGUGAAAAGCGAGUGGCCCAAGCGCUCGGGGAAAGCAGCACCGCCGAAGAAGCCCUUCUGAAGCGCUGCUCACAUUUCGAGCUCGACUCUUCCGACAAGGAGAACGCCAUGAAAGCGUGCGAGGUGAUCGUCCGCGAGCGGCGCGCGCAGCUCGACAGCUGCAAGGCCGAGCUCGAGAAGAUGAUUGCGGAGGCACUCAGGAAGGAGAAGAAGGUCGGCAAGGUAGAGACCGAGUCGCUCUUCCGCGAGUACAUCCGCGUCACGCGCAACGAGGGCGUCGGCGACGAGGACGCGACGGAGCAGAUGAAGACCCUGCUCGACCAGGCGACCAUCGCUGCGCCCCUUCGGGCGAUCACGAACAGGCAGCUCGACGCGCGCGGUAAGGGCAAGUCGAAGGACGACGGUCUGCCGGAGAGCGUCAAGCGGCUCAUCUGGGAGCACCGCGAGCAGACGCACGAGAUACGCCGUGUGACGAAGGAGCUCGUGGGCCGCGUGCGGUCCUUGCGGUACUUCACUGCCGUCCGGGACUUGCAGAGGCAGGCGGACGUGCCCCCUGUGGUGUCGUGUCCCUCGUGUGGGCGGGAUCAAGUCCCGAUUGAAGAGAUCGCGGUGCUCUCGUCUUGUGGGCAUACAGGCUGCAUCGCGUGUGUGACGGAGCACGCGGAGCGGGAGGAGUGCGUGUAUGCUGCAUCUGGUGCGUGCAAGGCGGCCGCUCGUGUGCUGAACGUUGUCAAGGGCGACACGCUGGGCGUUGACGAUGAGCAGCGCGAUGGGCAGGGCAAGCACUACGGCCUGAAGCUCGAGAAGGUCAUUCACCUCGUCAAGACGGAGAUACCCAAGGAAGAUCGGGUGCUCAUCUUCGUGCAGUUCCCCGACCUGAUGAAGAAAGUCGCCGAGGCGCUGGCCGCGCACGACGUCGCGUUCCUCGAGAUCCGGGGUUCCGCGGCGCAGAAGAGCAAGAGCCUCGAGCAGUUCCAGACGGAGAGCGAGGAGCGCGUGCUGUUGCUGAACGUGAUGGACGAGAGCGCGAGCGGGGCGAAUUUGGCGUCGGCGAAUCAUGCGGUGUUCCUGUCUCCGCUGCUGGCCGCGACGCAAGAUAUCUACGACGCGUGCGAGACGCAGGCGAUUGGGCGGCUGAGGCGGUAUGGGCAGACGAAGCUUGUCAAGAUUUAUCGCUUUCUCAGCGCGAACACGAUCGAUGUUGAGAUUUACGAGCAGAGGGCCGAGGUGAAUGUUUAG